CACACAGUGACAUGCUUGAAUAAACCUGCAACUACGCUAUGCUCUUUGACACUUAUGAUGCACACAACAACACUAAUUUCGCUAUGUAUUUCUGUAGGUGCUGCCAUGGCCCAGACAGCAGCUGGUGUUUGGCCACAAACCAAGACCAACCUAGGGGUCUCAUUUGGAGAUAAUAUCAUAACUCCAGGAGCCUGGAUAGAUCCAAACGAUACUACAUACCCGACUGUGUAUCCCGGCUACUCUACAAGCGCCUACCCGGGAACAUAUACUAUGCUCAUGAUGGUGGAUUACGACGUUGCUGAUUCGGCCUUCGCCACGUUGGACCAAUACUCAAGCCUUGUACCUGGUCGCUUGGGCGGGAUUUCCAUCAAUUCUAGCAAUGCUCUGGCGUCGUAUCACCCUGCGCAGCCUGCAACAAGCAGAGUACACGACUUUACCUUAUUCCUGUUUGAUCAACCACAGGACUAUGCUCCACCGCAGGAUGUCCUGGAUGGUCUGUUAGAGGAGCAUGAUCCAAGGCAUAACUUCACGUUGGCUCCUAUUGUUGAAGCUGUCGGUAAUCCACUGGCUGCAACGUAUUUUUGGAGUUCGACGCCUGGUGUGCCGGAUAACAGCUCAGCGACGUACACGUACUCCUGGGAGAAGAUUUGA